UACAGAUCUAGAUUCAUUAUACCUGAUUGCAGUAUGAUUUGCCUCCCUUCUGUCGAAUGAAUUCAUUAGUAUUUUUAAGAGACUAUGCUAUUAACUCUUUUAUACAGUUUGAAAUUAUGAUUUGGAUGUUUGAAACUUGAGAGUGGAAUGCGACCCUUUAACCAAGUCGGACCUCGUCAGAUUCAGGCUAAACACAACACGAACCGAACCCACAUACACAACGGCUAAGUCCCCCCUGGUGUGUGAUGCGGACAAGGCCUCCUCCCGUCCCAGCCGCCGCGCACCGCCGCGCCACGGCCACCGCCGCGGGCGCGGCCCCGGCCCCGGCCCCGGCCGCCGCCGACGACCUCGUCAUGCGGCACAACCGCUCCCUCGCGGCGCUCCUCCGCGCCGGCCGCUACGGCGCCGCGCGGCGCCUCUUCGACGCCCUCCCGGCCCGCUCCGUCGUGACGUGGAACUCGCUCCUGGCGGGGCUCGCCCGCCGCCCCGACGCCCGCGCGGCGCGGGAGUUCUUCGACGCCAUGCCCGUCCGCGACGCCGUCUCGUGGAACACGCUGCUCGCCGCCUACUCCGCCUCCCCGCACCCGGACCACCUCGCGGCCGCGCGGCGGCUGUUCGACGAAAUGCCCCAGCGGGACGUCGUCACGUGGAACACGCUGCUGGGCGCCUACGCGCGCCGGGGGCUCAUGGACGAGGCGCGGAGGCUGUUCGACGAGAUGCCCCAGAGGAACGCCGCUUCCUGGAACACGAUGGUCACCGGGUUCUUUGCUGCUGGCCAGGUGGUGAAGGCCCUUGACGUGUUCGAUGCAAUGCCUGCCAAGGAUUCUGCAUCUCUGAGCACGAUGGUGUCUGGGUUUACCAAGAAUGGUAUGCUGCAUGAGGCCGAGGAGUUGUUAACAAAGCGUUUGAGUGUGACAGACAUGGACAAAGCUGUUGACGCUUACAAUACACUAAUUGUUGCAUAUGGACAAGCUGGGAGGUUUAGUGAUGCCAAAAGAUUAUUUGAUAUGAUACCCAAAGGACAAUACCAGCAUAAUAUGCUCAAAAGGAAAGGUUUUGAGAGGAAUGUUGUUUCAUGGAACUCGAUGAUGAUAUGCUAUAUCAAGGCUGGUGAUGUUUGCUCAGCUAGGGCAUUGUUUAAUGAGAUGCCAGAUAAAGACUUGGUUUCAUGGAAUACUAUGAUUUCUGGGUAUACUCAAGCGUCAGAUAUGAAAGAAUCAGAGAAACUGUUCUGGGAAAUGCCAGAUCCAGAUACAGUAUCAUGGAAUUUAAUUAUACAAGGAUUCAUGCAAAAAGGAGAGGCUGAGCAUGCCAGGGGAUUUUUUGAUAGGAUGCCAGAGCGUGGAACCAUCUCAUGGAAUACAAUGAUAUCCGGUUAUGAGAAAAAUGGGAAUUACAUCAGUUCUGUUAAGUUGUUUUCAAAGAUGCUUGAAGUUGGUGAGAUUCCUGAUCGGCAUACCUUCUCUUCUGUUCUAGCAGCAUGUGCCUCUAUCCCUAUGUUAGGCCUCGGAGCUCAGAUCCACCAACUUGUUGAAAAAUCAUUUGUGCCAGAUACUGCAAUCAGCAAUGCACUUAUAACGAUGUACUCUAGAUGUGGGGCACUAAAUGAUGCGGAGGCCAUCUUCAAGCAGAUGCAUACAAAAAAGGAUUUAGUGUCUUGGAAUGCACUAAUAGGAUGUUAUGAACACCAUGGUCGUGCUACAAAAGCCUUGCAACUGUUCAAAGAGAUGAGGAGAGCCAAGGUUAUGCCUACUCACAUAACCUUUGUUUCUCUCUUGAGUGCGUGCGUCAAUGCUGGUCUUGUCUCUGAAGGACGGAUGGUGUUCGAUACCAUGGUUCAUGAGUAUGGCAUUGUUGCUAGAAUUGAGCACUAUGCUGCACUCGUCAAUCUCAUAGGACGUCAUGGGCAACUUGAUGACGCGUUGGAGGUGAUCAAUAGCAUGCCAAUGGCUCCAGAUCGAUCAGUUUGGGGUGCAUUUCUUGGAGCUUGUACGGCUAAGAAGAAUGAACCACUAGCUCAAAUGGCUGCAAAGGAACUAUCGACGAUUAAUCCCGACAGUUCUGCUCCAUACGUACUUAUUCAUAACCUACAUGCCCAUGAAGGGAAGUGGGGAAGUGCAGCGGUGGUAAGGGAAGAGAUGGAACGGCAAGGCAUUUACAAGCAGCCAGGAUACAGCUGGAUUGAUUUGGAAGGCAAGAUGCAUGUCUUCAUCUCAGGGGAUACUUGGCAUCCCAAUGCCCAGGAGAUUUUUUCUGUCCUGGAAGGUGUUGACAGGACAUGUAGAGAUUGGAGUUAGACGUGCGGUCGUUUGCCUAGCUUUCUGCAGAUUGGCAAUGGCACAACCCAAUGAGCUUGGAGAUGAACCAGCUAACUCAAGUAAAGCUUAUUGCUAAAAGAAACAAUCAAGAUUUGUGAGCCGGCUUUCCUUUCAUGAGUUCAUCCACUCAGU